CAGCGAAGGCGAGCGAACUUUCUAAAUUCCGCCCCUUUUCCCGUGUCCAUUCAACCCUCAUUCAAAACAGAACACAGCUGUUGCAGAGCACACCGCUUUUGGCUUUGUAGGAGCCUCUGAAAUUUGCCGGGGUCGAGUUUCCCUACCCGAAAAGAGGAAUUUGGCACCCAUUUCUGUGUGGUGCCCUUUGUGAGGUAUUGGAAAAAACUCCCUGGAGUGCGUCCUGGGUGGCUUGACCGGUCAAAAGCACUGCACCGCAGUGGCGCCACUACAGCCUGGGGUUCAAUCUGGCCGUUACCGGGAUCCCCAUAGGACAGCGCACAAUUGGCCCAGCGCCGUACGUGGUAGGGGAGGGUUUGGCUGAUUGCAGUGUGAGGAGGACACAGACAGAUAAACACAUCCACUCUCUGAGCCGUAAAGAAGAGGCAGCCAUACCUCAGCUCUCAAGCACAAUGCCCAUCUGACACACAGCUAAGUGCACACACUGAGGAUGAGUAGUGCUGUCCUGCACUGACAGACAAAUGGUGUGGGAAUGAUGGACCUCCCCAAUGGCCAAUCAAGCGUCACCACCGCUGCUGCCACUGCCUCGGAGAAGAGCAGCAGCUCAGAGUCUCUCAGUGAGAAGGGUUCUGAGCUGAAGAAGAGUUUUGAUGCUGUCGUCUUCGAUGUCCUGAAGGUUACCCCUGAGGAGUAUGCAGGUCAGAUCACUCUCAUGGAUGCUCCGGUGUUCAAAGCCAUUCAGCCUGAGGAGCUGUCUAGUUGUGGCUGGAACAAGAAGGAGAAGCACAGCUCUGCCCCUAAUGCUGUGGCCUUCACCCGCAGGUUCAACCAGACAACUUUCUGGGUGGUGAGGGAGAUCCUUCAUGCUCAGACCCUGAAGAUCAGAGCUGAGGUACUCAGUCUGUACAUCCGAACUGCCAAGAAACUGUGUGACAUAAACAAUCUGCAUGCAGUGAUGGCUGUGGUGUCGGGCCUACAAAGCGCUCCCAUCUAUAGACUCUCCAAGACGUGGGCGUUGUUGAGUCGGAAGGACAAAGCAACGUUUGAGAGGUUGGAGUAUCUCAUGGCCAAAGAAGACAACUACAAGCGCCUGAGAGACUACAUACGCAGCCAGAGCAUGAACUCCUGCAUACCAUACCUGGGUAUGUAUCUGUCUGACCUGACGUAUAUAGACUCAGCGUAUCCCUCUACUGGCAGCAUCCUGGAGAAUGAACAGAGAUCCAACCUCAUGAACAACAUCCUGAGGAUAAUAUCUGACUUGCAACGCUCCUGCACCUACGAUAUACAAGUGUUGCCUCAUGUCCAGAAGUAUCUCAACUCAGUCAUGUACAUCGAGGAGCUACAGAAGUUUGUGGAGGAUGACAACUACAAGUUGUCGUUGAAGAUGGAGCCAGGCUCCAGCACACCCCGCUCCACUGCCUCUAGAGAGGACCUUAUAGGUUCGGAUGUGUCUGCGUCUCCUCUGUGUGGCCGUAAGGGCCCCAUUGCAGACGGAAUCAAAGUCCCUCCCACGCCCCCCUCCCCCCGGAACCUCCUCCCCUACGGACACAGGAAGUGUCACAGCCUGGGCUACAAUUUUAUUCAUAAGAUGAAUACGGUAGAGUUUAAGAGCGCUACAUUCCCCAAUGCUGGUUCUCGUCAUCUAUUGGACGACAGCGUCAUGGAGAGCCACACCCCUACGAGAGGACAGGCCGAGAGCUCAACGCUCUCCAGCGGCAUCUCACUGGGGAGCAGUGAGGGUUCAGAACUCAGUGAAGAGAUUUCCUGGCCAGCCUUUGAGAGGACUCGGUUCUAUCACUCUCUGGGCCCUGUGACCCGCGUGGCCAGAAUCCCCUACAGAGGAGGCCUGAGGCCCAGCAGCUCUGCUGAGUCUGAGGAGUUAGCAGUGCACCUGUACCCUGGAGCCGUCACCGUGCAGGGGGUCCUACGACGCAAAACUGUCUUCAAGGAGGGCAAGAAACCCACUGUGGCGUCUUGGACCAAGUUCUGGGUGGCUCUGUGUGGAACUCAGCUCUACUACUACCAUGCCAAGUCCCUAAAGGCCACAGAGAGAAAGCACUUCAAGUCGUCUAGCAGUAAGAGUGUGUGUGUCGUGGGGUUAAUGGCCAUCAUGUCAGACGACCCUGAACAUCCCGACGUCUUCCUGCUCACAGACUCGGAACACGGUAACACCUAUAAAUACCAGGCAGGGAACAAAAUGAAUGCCCUUCUGUGGUUCAAACACCUCAGUGCUGCCUGCCAGAGCAACAGACAACAGGUCCCAGCCAAUCUGAUGUCCUUUGAAUGAGUGCUGCUGUAGAGGACGGAGCGAUAGAGCUAAAAUAGAGGAAGAGGGCUAGUGACUCAGCACCAGGAGCUUUCACUGCCAUGACCCCAAAACUAUAACCCCAGACCCCAGCCCCACUGGAGCCCCACCUGCCACCACUGCCUUAACCUAAGGAGCCAUGUGUGUGUGUGUUGAAGCAGUGGUUAUUAUGGUUGCAUAGACUACUGAAUGAAGACUUAAACCACUUCUUCUCUCUCGUUCUCUGUUGUUUUUCUCUGUGGAACUAUGGGAUGUCUCUUCCUCUUUCUUGGAUGCUUCUUAAGGAUGGAUGGACAUGAUUUAUCCUUGUUUUCCCUCUCUUCUUGACAUACUGUGCUCUGGUGGAAGACGGACUCUGCCCUUUCUAGGGCUGGACUCACACACAAUACUGGACUAGCCCAAUGGAAUGGGAUUUCAAACACACUUUUCUUUAUCACACUUUGGUUCACAAACUCCCCCACACACAAGACUCCGAUGGUGUCUUCACACUUGAGUUGAGCUCACAAAACGGACACUUUUUUACACACAUUCACUCCCCCCUUCUGAGAGUGUGUGAUUGGCCUGUGUGAUUGCAGCAUUGUGAAUAUUAAGGGCUUUGAUUCUCAAAUCUAUUCCAGCAGAAACCACACACACGUGUCCUGAAUGUAUCCUACUGUUUUAUAUUCCAGAGCCUCUCCUCACCGUGUGUGUGGGUGGUGGUGGGGGGGGCACACACUAUAUAUGGUAAGUCACGGGAAUGAUAAACCCAGACUCUAAGCUUUCCUCAAUUCCACCUUUAUGGACCCAGUUAUAUCGCUCUUAUAAACAGGCUUUAUAUGUUCUCUCUGUCCACAUGUUAAAGCUUGAGAUUCACCAGAAGACAGAAUAACACUAAAGACUUGAAAGCUGUGAAAAAGUGAACGAUGGAAUGUUAACCCCAGAAAAAGAAUUUAUCUCCACUUUCUUUUUUUGUUAUUGCUUGAACAUAAGAGGGAGCUACAGGUUCUGACCUGAUCUGCUUUACACAUCGUGAGUGUUUUAUAUACACACACACACAGCUAUCGGGAGCCAUUCAGAAUCCAUAUUUUGUUGGUUAGUGUUUUCUGUUACCUUGGUGUUGUGUUGGGGACGUAUCAGCAGUAUUACCCUGUAGAUGACUUGCACAUGUCUAGCUUAUUUUAAUUGUCUGUUACAUUUCAUUUCUGGCCUCUUCCCUUUUUUUUGGAAACAUGUUGUACCUUUACUUGUUUUUGAUUUUUAUUUGUGUAGUGUUUUUGUUUUCUCACCUAUGAGUUUGUCACAUAGGGUUACGGUACAGAUCUACUCUAUUGCCUAGUUCCAUGUCAUCCUCUAGACCCAUCGCCUGGUCACUACUCUAGACCCAUCGCCUGGUCACUACUCUAGACCCAUCGCCUGGUCACUACUCUAGACCCAUCGCCUGGUCACUACUCAUGGCAUCUUCAAUUAAAGCUAUGGAGAGGUGUAGAUGACUCCACCUCAUCCUCCAAUUGGCUGAGAGAAACGUCCACCAUAUUGCUUACACCUAUCCAGUCCUUUCAGAUCUGUGAACAGUUAAGGAGUACGAACUAGAGGGAGGGGCUAACAAUUUGAAGUGGACCCAGCCAAAGUGGGUAUGGUUUGGGACUCAACCCUGAGUGUGUGCCAAUGUACCAGACACACAUUUGUAUUCUGAUUUGGGAGAAAGUGUUACAAUUAGAAAAAAAUAAAUGAAUACGUUCUUGGGAAAGGAGAAAGGAUGGUGUGGUCACAUUCUCAUACUACUCUCAGAAAGGACUUAAACCACUAGAGAAAGCGUUAUCUUGCAUUCUCCUGACUGUUUCUAUCUCAACCUGACAGUCAGGUUAGGUCCUGACUUGUAACAAUGGUUUACAUCUCCCAUCUGUUCAUAUGUUUGUAUAUUUUGCAUGUCUAUUGUUUACAUAGAGGUCCAGCAAGUUAGCAUCACAUUCCUCACACCUCAAACUGACACUAUGUACUCUAGCAGCAAGAGACUCCAACUCCCAUGGGCCAGUGCGGCAAUAGUUGUCUUAUGUCCUGUAGAGGCUAAGCUAAUGGGAGACGGUCGAACUUAUCCAUAACUAUUGAUACAGGGUCAUAUGUAUUCACCCCCUAAUGGUUAAGGUUAAGAUUGGGGUUGGUGUAAUCUGAUCUGAGAUCUGUUGUUUAGGGCAACUUCUACAUAGUCCAUUUCAGGCUCAUUUCCGAUGUGCUCUGCUCCUCAGCUCCCAGCAGUUAUCCCACACACAGCUACAGCUCCAUUAAUAGCAAGACUCCAGCAGGGCUAUGUCAUACAGACUAGGGGAUGAGGAAGCUAGAGAAAAAAGGGAAUGAGAGGGGUAGUGAUACAAAAGAACAAGAGAGGAAGGUAGUACAACAGUAUGAGUGUGUAAAAACUAUUUUUGUUUACCUGCUAGAAAGCAUUAGACAGACAGAGCCUCAUGGCUGCCAUUUCUUCACUGUUGAGCAGUGGGUAAAUCUGUAUAGAAUGUGGUAUAGCAUAUUCUUCUGUGUGGAGUGUGAUUGAACAAGGAAGGAUAUAGUAGAAAUAGAGGGGUGAAUGGAACUCUGAUGCAACAGGAGCUGUACAGAGAAGCAGGCAGACUGAUGCUCCCCACAGAAGACCAGCAGAGGAGAAAGUAGUCUUUCUCCCUUCUUUUUUCCACCUCUCACAGACCCCUCCUUCACAUCUCUCUCCCUUGGACAUAGAGGGCUUCAAUGCAGGCUGAAGAGAGCGGCAGAUUAAAUGGCAGACAGGAAUGCUCCCAUGUUACAGUGUAGUGUCAAACAGUGCUGAAGUGAGGGAUGUGGAUGCCUAUAGGGAAAGGUUUAGGAGUGUCUGAGUUUUUACAAUCUGUUAUGGUGGGCUUUUUGUUUCUGAGAAAUAAUGUCAAAAUGGUUUGUUUGUUUUUUGAGGUUUCCCUAUUGUAACCAGAGUUUCCACAGUUUGUGUCCAUGUACAAAUACAACCAGCUGUGUAUUAUUUACUGUCUAGAGUAAAGUUUAUUUUUGGAUUUGUCUGCAGUGUUAAAAAAAAAAAAAUACUGAGAAAUCCUUUAACAGAUAAGAUGAGAUGACUCGGUAAUGUGUGGUGUAGGGAUGGAGAAGUUGCCCGCAGCUCAAGGGUCAACUUAAUUCCCUUUAAAUCCAAACUUUAACCAUUAGGGGAAAAUGUAAACUGACCUUAGAUCAGUUUCUAGAAGAGACAUCUACCUACUCCUAUAUGGCUCAGUUUGAGAGUGAUGUUUAUGAUGUGUUGACGACGUCACUUAGCUUUGUCCAUGUCCCAUGACCUGUGGGGUGUGUCCAUGUGCUAUCCCUCUACCUCCUGUACUCUGACACCAAGUGAGGACCCACCCAUGUUAUGUGACCUGGGUUUGAACUAUGACCUCUGAAUUGAGUGAUGUGACCUGAGUCUCAGCCAGAUAACCAAUAAACACACUGCCCUUUUUAUACUCUGCCCCUCGGUUCACUUUCAUUUAUAUUAACAUGGUUUCAGCUAAAUGUGGUGUAUGUGUGCCGGGCCAGGAGUUUCUACUUACCACAACCUGUUAAAUGUCCUGGACAGGGCAUGUGGUUAGGAAAAAUGUGUAUGUGCGUGCUUAACCUAGUGUUAAUACACUUUAGGUGUGGAUUGAUCUGUAAUCUUUCCUACUGAAAUAAAACCUACUUGAAUUGUUGAA